UCCCGCUCUCAGGAAAAGUCAUGCAAUCCAGGGCAGUUAUACUGCCACAUCCUUCAAAGAAACUUCUAAUGUCAUCCUCAGAUGAAUAGUAUGGGAUGCCACCAACAUACACCUUCUUUAUACUUUGCUCACGAUCUUCCGACACAAUUGGAUUGUCAGACCCAACUCCCUGGCCUGUCACUUCUGACUUAUUUUUGUUCUCAUCUCCUUCCACCUUUGUGAUGUUUAGAAUCUGUUCACUAUCUUCCGACACGGCAGGAUCAGCGGCGGCCACUUCAAGCUUCUGCUUCUCCGCGGCCUCCGCCUCCAGCAACCUCCUCACCCUCCUCUUCUCCUUCUUCUCCUUCCUCCUCUCCUCCCUCCGCCGCUCCACCUCCGCCUGCAGCGCCAGGGCCGCCGCGUCCACCUCCGGCUCCUCCACCGCCUGCUUCUCCAAGUCCUCCUCUUCCACCACCACCACCUCCUCCGCCUCCCCCUCUACAUUCUUAUCCAAUUCCUCCUCUUCCGCCGCCGGCGCGGGCGGCGGCUCCUCCGGAGACGGCUUCUUCGGCCGCUUCGGGCGGGGCCGCUUGGAGGACACGAGCCGCACCUUUAUGUUCUGCGCCUCCGCGUCAUCCCCCGGCUCGGCCUCGCCGCCGGGGGGAACGAGCGUGCGCAGCUUCUGCUUCAGCUUCUUCCGCGCGAGCACCAUGGCUGCUGCUUCUUCUCGCGGGGCGGCGGCGGCGGCUGCUGAGAGGUUUCGCUCGAGAGAGAAGAAGAGGCAGAAACCUCAGAGCCAGAGACGUCAAGGUUUACAUUGGGCCGGCCUGAUAUGGGCUCAUAUAAGCCUUCUAUCCGAGAUCCGACAUGUGGAUAAGCCCAUUAUAGCCCGGCCCAGUACGGCCCAAUGGGUAGGUCUUCUCUUCUCUGCCCUAGCCCCGCCUACGUCGAGCGGCAGAAGUGUUUUGGAGAAGAUGGCCGGGAAGGCUGCGGCGGCGAAGGCGGCGGCGGCGACGGCGGCGAAGUGGGCGGAGGCCAAGGGGUACCCGUGGAAGGACAAGCUGGCCAAGUACAAAGGGGAGCUGAGCAAAGGGGUGUGGGGUUACUGGGAGCUGGGCGCGUGGAAGCCGCUGGGCAUCAGCGGCCGGCAGCGCGCGCGACUCCGCAAGGAGGUGCUCCUCGCCGGCGAGGAAUGGUCCUACGACGCCCCCCGCGGCGAGAUGCGCACCAAGCGCAAGGGCCACAAGGUCGACCGCAUCGCCGCCGAGAAGCGUGCGAAUACUGUUGAGCUGAUGAAGAAGAUGCCCCAGAUGCUCCUCGACUACAAGAAACGUAGGUGGGAGAAAAAGAUGAAAGAGGAGGAGGCUGCAGCGGCAAAGUCUACGUAGGGUACUGGCAUGUUGUCGACUACUGUCUGGAGUGGCGUCUGCGAAGGAACUGCCCUAUUGCAAAAUACCCUGCCUUUCCUCAAACCAGUCUCCCUUUUAGUUUGCGGAGGUCAAGCUGUUGAUUCAGUGCGUUGUUGACUUGUUGCUCUUCCUGAAUAAAGCUUAAAAGAAAUUUCGUGUAGUAGGUUCAUAAUGUUGCUGGAUUGCGAGAUCUGAGAUCUCCCUGGAUGUUUAUCAUCUCCCCUGCAACCUACACUUUGUAAUGCAGAUUUCUUAUUAUGUACCCCUGGUUCCCAAAAUUUUGUUCACCGAUUCUAUCAAGGUCCAACCAGUUUAAACAGAUUUAUCGGUACGAUUGUUAAAUCAUUUCA